AUGCCUGUGUGUGUGUUCCCGAAUUGUGACAGCGGCUCUCGUAAACAAGGAAUACAGAGUAAUCCUAACGUUCAUUUACAUAGGUUUCCAAAAAAUGAGGAUAUUAGAAAUAAGUGGUUAAUGCAAAUUGGUUCUAAUAUUGAUGGAAAAUGCAUUAAUUUAAAUAGUGCUGUAGUAUGUUCACUUCAUUUUGCACCAUAUCAUUUUGAAAAGCCUUUAAUACAAAAAAUGUUAAACUAUUCACCACGAGCUGGUAGAAAGCUUACACCUCAUGCUAUACCUCUAAGCACUUUGGGUUUUGAUUAUGACGAUGUGCCAUAUUUAAGAAAGGAAGAAAUAUGUAUAAAAACUCCAACUAACACUAGUGCAUUCAUGAAUUCAGAUAAUUCCACCCGCACUGAUUUUGAGGAUAGUAUUAAUUUGCCACACAUUAAAACCCCCAGUGGAAUAUUUUCUGUUGAAAAAAUUAACGAUUUUGAGGAUAGUAUUGAUUUGUCACCCAUUAAAACUCCCAGUGGAAUAUUUUCUGUUGAAAAAGUGAACAAUUUGGGAAACACUCUAACUGACAUCAGAAAAUAUUGUAUUAGUGAUGACAAAUUAUUGAAAAAAGACUGUAGGGUAAAAUUAUUUUCGAAUACAAAGUCUGAUCUAUCAGGAAUACAGCCAUUGGAUGAUGCAAUACACAAUUAUGAAUUGCUACAAAAAUUGAAAAAUGAGAAUGAACAAUUAGUUUUAGAAAAUAAUAAACUUAAAACUAUUGUUUCAUCACAAAACACAAAAAUGAGAUCAUUUAAUGAUUUCAUUAAUUUAGAAAAUUAUAGAUUUGAAAAUAGAUUUAAUAAUAUAUUAAAUAAAUUGUUGAGUCCUACUCAAAUCAAAUUGUUACUUCAUCCAAAAAAUAAAGUUUACUCGUGGAAACCAGAGGAUAUAUCGUCAGCAAUAACACUAAGGAGUAUUUCUCCUAAAGCGUAUCGCUAUUUGAGAAAUGAAAAGCAAUUUCCAUUACCAGGUUUAUCCACAUUGAGAAAAUGGGCCUCAACAUUUCCUGUCCAACAUGGAAUACUCUCAAGUGUGAUUACUUUAAUGAACGCAAAAGGAUCCUUAAUGUCAAAGACUGACAAAUUCACCGUUCUUUCUUUCGAUGAAACAUAUGUGUCCAAAAGAAUAUGUUAUGAUAAGGCAUAUGAACAGAUUAUAGGUCCUCAUAAAUGUGUACAAACAGUAAUGGCUAGAGGUUUAUUAAGUAAUUGGAAACAAGUGAUCUACUAUAAUUUUGAUACACAUAUGAGCAGAGACAUUCUAAACUCCAUAAUUGAAGAGCUACAUAAAAUUGGGUUUAACGUACUUUCCAUAGUCAAUGACAUGGGUUCUGCAAAUAUGGGCUUAUGGCGAAGUUUAAAUAUAUCAAUCACCAACACUUCAUUCCCACAUCCUAUAACAAACAAAAAUAUUUAUGUAUUUGCAGACGUACCACAUUUAAUUAAGUUAGCAAGAAAUCAUUUACUUGAUCAAGGUUUUAUUCUUCCCAAUGGAAAAUAUAUAGGAAAAAACAUGUUUCAAGAAUUGGUGGAUUUAAAUAAUGUGGAUUUUAGAAUGGCACAUAAAUUGACACAACACCAUAUUUCAGUCGAGGGAACAGGCAGAAUGAAUGUCAGAUUAGCUGUUCAACUUUUUUCCAAUACUGUUGCUAAAGCUCUAUUACAUUGCGAAGAAAAUAAUUAUAUAAAAAUCAACAACUUAAAGGAUGCCUCUGAAACUAUUUCAUUGUUUAAUGAUUGGUUUGACCUAUUCAACACCCAACACAAAUUUGAUAAUGGUGUAGCAAGUUAUGGUCUUGAUGAAAUAAAUCAGAAUAAAUUAAUUGAUAAAAUGAGUGAAUUUAUAUUUAAUAUGAGGGUUCACGGGAAAAAAUCCCUACUUCCAUUCCAAAGAGGCAUAUUGAUAAGCAACAAAUCCGUCAAAGGUUUACUGGAUGAACUCAAACAUGAAAAAUGUUCAUUUAUUUUAACCAGGAAGGUCAACCAAGACGGUUUGGAAAAUUUUUAUAGUUUUUUAAAGGGAAUGGUGGGAUCAGCAAGCAAUAAGAUGACAGUCCUAGAUUUCAAAUAUUGUUUACGAUGGAGUAUUUUAGGUAAAAAUUCCAAUUUUAUUUUUACCGAGAAUACAAAUACAGAAGUUGGACUUGAACCAAACAUUUUAGAUGAGACAAUUUGCUUGACUAGUAAGAUAAUCAAAGAGUCAAAGUUAUUGCCAUCUCAAGAUUUUGCAGAAUAUCACGAUGUUGAGUUGGCAAAUCUUGAAACAGAAUUUGGUAUGGCGUCCACAACAGUUCCACAGCAAAGUUUGGAUCUUUUAAAGCAAUUUGAAGUUGAAAAUUAUGAGCCAUUUGGACAAUUGGAGGAAGAAUGUGCUCAGUAUGUCGCUGGAUAUGUUGCUUCUAGGUUUUGUCAUAAAUACCCAGAUUUAAUUGACGAAACAGGUGAAAACGAUGCUGGUUGGAUAAAGCAAUUGUCAAAAGGCAACCUGAAGAUUCCUUCUACAAAAAUGAUGAAAGCUGUAAAAAUUUUAGAAAUAGCUUUCAUAAAUUUCCAUGGUGAUGAUUUGGUUAAGACACCUUGGGUUAUGAAAACUUUAACAGACAUAGUAUUACCAGAAAUUAAUUACCUGAAUAUACCUCGUGAAGUUGUUAAUUGUCUUGUACGAACCAGGACAUUUGUAAGAAUGAACAACUUAAACAAAAAUGUAAUGGAAAAACAGUUACAUACUAACCGAAUUAAAAAGUUAAAAUUUACAAAUUAA